UGUUAGAUAUCGAUUCAGUUUUUUCUCCGACUCGCUGGUGACGACGUCCUUUGCAACUUCUAGUUUAGGUAAAAAGUUUGUUAUUUGCAGUGAAUUUCAUAUGAAAAAUGUUAAAACUAUUACUAUCAGGUUCCCAUAAUUGUAGUUUAAUUCAGAGUCAACCCUACCGAAGUCAUCUGCGACAGUGUCUACAAACGUACGCGUUCCGUCGGAAUGAGCUCCGGGACGCAGGCAAAAACAGUGCCCUUCGCGAUAGUAUUCGCCUGCAAUGGCGCAAAUGGAUGACAACCGGGACGCAGCAACAGGUUGUGGUUCGAACCGGAGAAAGAAGUUCAAAAUUACUCCGAUUAGUGAUAGGCGGAAGUGCGGUCAGCGUGACCGUGGGCUACCAAUUCCGCCGGUGGUUUGUUCACUGUGAAGCCGCUGCCGUAAAUAACCGUCUGGUGGGUCAUAAAGUAGCGGGAGCUGGAGAAGGAAUCAAGUUCGACUGGCGAAAGUUUUGGACUUAUUUGAGACCGCAUUUGGUAAAGUUGAUUGGAGCGAUCAUGGCGGCCCUGGCAGUGGCCUAUUUCAAUAUCCAGAUUCCAAAUAUGCUUGGCGUGGUCGUUAAUACUUUGUCCAAAUACGCUAGGACUAAUUUGAGCGAAUUUGAUUCCUCAACGUUUUUGAACGAAAUAAAAGUGCCGUCACUACGAUUAUUCGGUAUGUACAUCGUUCAAGCCGGAUUCACCUUUGUCUACAUUCUGCUGCUGAGUCAAAUUGGCGAACAAAUGGCAGCGAAGAUCCGACAGGAUCUGUUCAAGCAAAUCAUCAUUCAAGAUUUGGAAUUCUUCGACGAAAAUCGAACCGGCGAGUUGGUAAACCGAUUGACGGCAGACGUACAAGAUUUCAAAUCCUGCUUCAAGCAGUGUAUCUCCCAAGGUUUGCGUUCGUUUGCCCAACUGAUUGGAGGAGCUGUCUCGUUGUUCCUUAUAUCGCCGCAGUUGGCUAGUAUAGCGUUAGUGUCCGUUCCUGCGGCGGUGGCGAUGUUUUCAUAUCUAGGGAAGUCGCUGAGGGCGCUCAGCAAAAAGAGUCAAGCACAAUCGGAACGAGCCACAUCAGUUAGUGAAGAAGCUCUGUCCAAUAUCAGAACGGUUCGGUCCAGUGCAAGCGAGUACGCCGAAGUGGAGCUGUUCCGACAUGAAACAGAUAAGGCUGCAGAGUUGUCGCAACAGCUGGGAGUCGGAAUUGCAGUGUUCCAGGCGCUGACCAAUUUAUUCCUGAAUGGCAUGGUGCUUACUACGCUGGUUCUCGGUGGACAUUUCAUGUCUACAAGUUCCAUCAGCGCCGGAGAUUUGAUGGCAUUUUUGGUCGCAUCCCAGGGGGUUCAACGCUCCCUUGCUCAAGGCUCUAUACUGCUUGGUUCAGUGAUCCGAGGAAUGACAGCUGGUUCCCGUGUAUUCGAAUAUCUUUCUGUUCAACCAAAAGUAGAUCUCAAAUUGGGUGCAAUCAUUCCCGAAUCAGAUGUUAGAGGUGAAAUCCGAUUCGAAAACGUUUCUUUUACGUACCCCUCUCGACCCAAUCAGCAAGUGCUCAAGAACUUCUCGCUUGUAUUAAAACCGGGGCAAACGGUUGCCUUAGUGGGAGCCAGUGGAUCAGGAAAAUCCACCAUUGCUUCCCUACUGGAACGGUUCUAUGAGCCCACAGGUGGUCGCAUUACCGUCGACGGUUAUGAACUCUCGCAGCUGUCACCUUACUGGCUUCGAGGCCAUCUAAUUGGAUUUAUUGAACAACAACCAGUUUUGUUCGGAACGUCCAUAUACGAAAAUAUCCGUUAUGGUCGUCCAGAUGCAACGCAAGCGGAAAUUCUGGAAGCGGCUAAGCUUUCCCAGUCGCACCAAUUUGUGAGCCAACUGCCCGAGGGCUACCAUACUCCAGUGGGCGAAAGAGGCAUUCAGCUAAGCGGUGGACAACGUCAGAGGAUUGCGAUUGCGCGGGCACUGCUUAAGCAGCCAACCGUACUGAUCCUUGACGAGGCAACCAGUGCGCUGGAUGCUUCAAGUGAAGCUAUCGUGCAGAAAGCGUUGGAUGCAGCGGUGGUCAACAGGACAACGCUGGUCAUAGCCCAUCGCUUGUCGACGAUCAGAAAUGCGGAUGUAAUUGUGGUGUUGGACAAAGGUCGGAUAGUGGAAAUGGGCAAUCAUGACACGUUGCUGCGCAAGAAGGGCUACUACUUUGAACUGGUGAAACAGCAGGAACGGCAACAACAGGAGGAAGAACAGCACCAACAACAGAGGGCCUACGGAUAAGGUAAGACAUUGGGUGUUGGGGAAUUCAGUUGAAUAAUUAUUCGUACGAAGUUGCUUAGAUUUAUAGGAAAUUAUAUGACAAAGUUAUGAACAGUUA